UAUGAACGUCACGAGCAGGAAUCAGGAAGGUGUGUGAGUGUUUUUAACGGGAUCAGGACUUUGCAAGGUGCUAUGUUUAUUGGUAACAUUGUUUAUUGGGACAACGACAACCUCGAAAAAAUGUAGAGGUUUAUAGGCUACUUCAAUAUGGGUCUAAGGGAGUCAAAACUUUGCUUCCUCCCGUACGAGGAAGCGACAAAGAGAGUUACAGACGAUGAAAUGCAACGACUUAGACUGGCCUUCAAGCGAUGUUCCGGUGUUAGUGGGUUUAUGCCUCAACCGGUGUUUGCUCGUGAAGUUCUUGGUGAUGGUGUACCCAGCAAAGUGGCUGAGCAAAUGUACACAGCGUUCGGGGGUACAAACAAGGGUAUGACAUUUCGCGAUUUGCUCUGUGGUCUAGUGCUUCUAACCCGGGGCACACGCGAAGAGAAGAUAAAAUUUAUUUUCAAUAUUUAUUCAACUGACGGAGCAUUCGUGUACAAAGAUAAUUUGGAAAGUUUGAUCCUUGCUUGUGAUGGAGGCAAUAUUCCUCAACCGGUCGUGGAAUGCUUCUCUGAGUUUGAUAGACUGCCAUUUGAGGAGUUUUCAAGGUGGUUAUUAAGAAAUCCAGAUGUGACCACCCUCACCAGAUGGUUGCUGAUUGUCAGUAAUGGUUGCAGUAUUCAGUUAACUGAUAGUAGUGAGACUCCAACAUUUUACCAAACAUUGGCCAGUGUUACCCACUUACAAGAGGCAGAUAUUAUGGAGCUAGAGAAGAGAUAUUGGACACUAAAGGCUGGAACGAAAACUGGAAAAUUUGAUCUGGAUACGUUCACACCACUAGUGUCACCACCCAUUCCAAAGUGUUUAUGUGAAGGAUUGUUUAAUGCUUUUGAUGAAAAUCAAGAUGGCCACAUUGAUUUUCGUGAACUAGCUUGUGGAAUUUCAAAAUGUUGCAGGGGAUCCAAUGCUGAGAGGCAAAAAUUCUGUUUUAGGGUAUUUGAUACUGAUGAAGAUGGCUUUUUGUCAAGAAGUGAAAUUGAAGUAAUGUGUAGAGGUCUAAUUGAGAUCAGAAAGGAAAGUGCUGGAGAAAAGGAUACAAGUGCCAUCUGGGACAAGGAUGUGUCUUUGAUGGCAAUUGAAAUCUUGAGUGAUUGCAGCAAAGAUGAGGAUGGUGAAAUUAGCUUAGAAGAGUACAAGGAAUGGGCAUCAACACAUAGAUUUUCUCAACUGUUUCCCAAGUUGUUGGUCCAGGUCUGUCACAUUGUUUUGGGACUUAGACCAAUUACAAGAGAAGUAGAACUUCAAGUUGUGAGAGGUUGGCUUGAGCGCGAGUACCAGCAUGACCUCAGUCCUGGUACCAUUUGGUAUCUUGUAGCUAUUUCUUGGUGGCGCAUCUGGAAAGAGUAUGUCAGUUAUCAGCCUUAUAUCAGACGGUCAUCCACGGGGAAUCUUCAUAAGAAUGGUACAUUGCCAACAAGAAUAAACCAAGUUUAUAAUUCCUCCUCUGGCAACCAAGGACAAGCUUGGACUGGUGACUCUGUUUUAAAAACCAGAUCGUUGGGACGACGCGAAUCUCAUCCAAUGUACAACCAGGGUAGUAAGGCAGUUAGUCCAACUGGAACCAUGAAUGGUCACUGUUCACAGGGAACAGUAGCAUUGGCUACACAAGCACCCGGUCCUGUUGAUAAUGUACCACUUGUAGAACCUGAGACAAGAAAGGUUAUGAUUUUAACUGGUGAAGGAGGAAAGUUGAAGCGUAACAUCCCUUUAUGCAGAGGAAGGGACUUCGAGAUCAUACCAGAGCCUGUAUGGAGAGCUCUUCAGCAGUGGUAUGGGGGUGGACCAGCCCUUCCAAGAACGGUCAUCACUCCUACAAAUGGUGAUCCAACCCCAGAAUUAGAGCUCUAUCCAAUUAGUCUGCGACUGUUUCGACAUGCCCCUCCCCCCACAAGAGGGGGAAUUACAACAUGGACUGGAGUUGGAUUUGGACUAAGUACCUUUGGGUUUGGUGCCAGUUCACUUACCACCCCUCAUGCCCCACCCAAAAGGUACCUUGCAUAUGUGGCAUCUUUUAGUCGGAUGAACACAUUACAACAGGUUUACGACUAUCUCUGUGCACGGCUCAGACUCCGUAUAGAAGACAUGAGACUCUGGAGUUUGGAAGAUGAGAAUAAACUACGGCUUUUAGAAGAAGACAGUUCUUCCCUGGAGAAGUUAGGAAUCACUGACAACCAUGCUGUUCUUAUUGAAGUUCGAAACAGAGAUAUGAGUUGGCCAGAAGAAAUGUCCUCCCUAGCGAACAACAGGAGUCUCAGGGAGAAACUCAAUUUAGAACCCACAGAAAAAGGAGCCACAGGCCUCAGUAACUUGGGCAACACAUGCUUUAUGAACUCUGCACUGCAGUGUCUCAGUAAUACCCAGCCCCUGACACAGUACUUCACUACUAAGUGCCACUUAUAUGAACUAAAUAGGACCAACCCUCUUGGUAUGAAAGGGCACAUUGCACGUCGGUAUGGAGACCUUACUCAAGAUUUGUGGAGUGGCAGCUCUCGCAGCCUAGCCCCACUAAAACUCAGGUGGACAAUAGGAAGGUAUGCUCCAAGAUUUAAUGGAUUUCAGCAACAUGACUCCCAGGAAUUCUUGUCAUUCCUCUUGGAUGGUUUACAUGAGGACUUGAACAGAGUUCAGCUCAAACCAUAUGUUGAACUUAAGGACAGUGAUGGCCGACCAGAUGAAGAAGUAGCGCAUGAGGCCUGGGAUAAUCAUCUAAAGAGGAAUCAGUCAGUUGUAGUGGACCUGUUUCAAGGCCAACUCAAGUCUCAAGUCAGGUGUUUGGAGUGUGGCUAUGUCAGUGUUAGGUUUGACCCAUUCACAUUCCUCUCCUUGCCUCUCCCUAUGGACAACUCUAUAUAUGUUGAAGUUAUUGUUGUUCAACUGGAGGGGAAAACCCCCAAAAAGUACGGAUUGCUGUUGAAUAAUGAUGACAGAUACAAGGAUGUGAAAAGAGAGCUGUCAAAAUACUGUGGGCUGAUUUGCUCUAAACUUCUCCUGGUUGAGAUCUUUGGGGCAUCUGUCAAGAGUCUUCCAUCAGAUGUACAGAAGAUUCGUACAGCGUUAGCUGGGAUACUCUAUGCUUAUGAGAUCCCACUUCCAACAAUCACUUGUGAAAAUGAUUGUGGUGGACCCAAUUCUACAGAGGAGGACAAGGUUGUAUGUAAUUCACCUACUGUAGCAUCUGAGGAGCAGCAAUUUUGUGUUACGAAUCAUGAUACAAACUGCCAAAGAGAUGGAACUGUUUUCAGCACUGUUUCAAACAAUGAAGGAGUUGAGAGGAAGGGAAACAAAUCUUCUGGAACAAACUCUGAAAACAGCUCGGAGGACAGUGAAACCCGGCUUCGAGUCAAAGAAGAUUGGUUUGCAGAUGGAAAAAAGAACAAAAAGAAAGUUUCUUCUAGUCCAAUCAAGAGAUUAAGUCCAAAACUGCGGAAAAAAAUAAGCCCCAAGUUUGGGGCAGGAUUUAGUUUGACUACAACGUUAAGGAAGUCUUCUUCAUCUUCAUCCUCAACAGAAUUAGCUGAAGGGCAUUUUAAUACAAAUUCUGAUUCAGGCAUCAGUUUAAGUGUGGAAAAUUCUCCAAAUCACCAAACUGUUUCUUCGCCUGGAAAUGUUAAUGCUGCUUCUGGACAUUCUAGUGUUUCAUCAACACCUGCAACAGGACCUGCACCAUAUUUGGGUUACUGUUUUAGCGGAUUUGUUGUUGCAAUGCACAGGAAAACAAUUCGUUUAGAUGCAUAUUUCCUUUCACCACAAAAGAAUCGUCCUGGUUUGUUUGGAAUCCCUAUCGUUAUACCAUGCUCCUCUAAAACGAGGCAGUGUGAGUUGUAUGAGGGAGUCUGGACUCAAGUGGCCAGGCUGCUCAGCCCACCAGCACCUGGAGAUACAAACUGUAAGGAUGGCGAUGCAGGGGACUAUCCGUUUGAACUGCGGGCAGUUCAGAAGGACGGCCUUAUGUGUGCUUGGUGUCCGUGGUACAGGUUCUGCCAUGGCUGUGUCAUUAAAUGCAGUGAGCAGGAGUUUGGCAAUAGCAGUUCAUACAUAGCUAUAGAGUGGGAUCCAACCACACUGCAUCUUAGGUACCAGAGCUCACAGGAAAAGGUGUCAAAAGAACACGAGAGUGUGGAGAGAAGCAGGAAACUGCAGACAGAACCUAUUGACUUGUAUGAAUGUUUCAGAGCAUUUACUAAAGAAGAAGAGUUAGGGGAAGAUGAGCUGUGGUAUUGCAACAACUGUAAGAAACACAGACUAGCGGUGAAGAAACUUGAUAUCUGGAGUCUCCCACCAAUUUUGAUUAUCCACUUGAAGCGGUUUCAGUUUGUGAAUGGGCACUGGGUUAAGUCUAAUAAAGUUGUACAGUUUCCCAUGGAAGGGUUUGACCCUUCAGCCUUCUUGGCCAAGCGAUUUGUUCGCCCAAACAGCGCAGGGAACUCAGAGACAGGAGUCACUACAGUGAGUGUCAAGAGCAGCGAGGAUCCUGAACCCGAGGAGGAGCCUGGAGACAAGAAAGAGGAAGCGUCCUGCAAGGGUAGCGAGGAGUCGUCUUCCCAGAGCUCAUCUGGGGAACUGAGUUCCAGUCAGGUUGAACUAAACCAGACUAGCAAACCUCCCUCGCGCCAGUCCUCCUGUAUAAGCCUCAACUCAGCCAAAGUCCACCCUGAAGUGAUGCUGGAAAUGAAGCCUGUUGGAGAUGCCACCGGAAAUGGAACGAACUCUGACGUCACGGAGCUAAAUUCUGCAGACGAACGGAGAAGUGAAAGUGGUAGCAUGGCGGCGCUAAGGAGUGAAGGUUCCCAGACAGAGACACCAACCUAUUGUAUAUAUGCAAUGUCGUGCCACACUGGAGUACUGGGAGGAGGACACUACAUUUCGUACGCGCACAACCCAAACAACAGAUGGUACUGCUACAACGACAGUAGCUGCAAGGAAUGUGACAGCACCAAGCUACAAAAAGACUCACCCUACAUGCUGUUUUAUCAGCAAGAUGGCAUGGACGAACGAGCAUUUCUUCCUAACUUCAGUGGCCAAACACCAGAUUCUGCAAGUGACGAUGAGGAAUACGAAAAUGACGUGAAAAAACUUUGCAUCUUGCAGUAAAAUCCUAAAAUAUUCCACACAGGAACAAAACUAAUUUAAAUACAAUUUUUGUAUGGAAACUUUAAUGGGAUGAAUACUUACGCAAAUGUAAAUUAUCUAAAAUGCUGUACAUAUAUCAACAUAGAAAUUUUAUUUUUAAAUUCCCCCCUUUAUCACAGAAAUUAGGAAAGGAAUAAUAUUAGUGAGUGUACCCGACCCAUUAUUUGUUUGUGUGCUUUAACUCCUUCAAGAUUGUGUUCCAGUAAUGAAAUUGAAAUAAUUCUCAAAACUUAGCAGUGCAGCAAAAUUGACAAGAGAAAGCAAGAUUAUUCAUAGCUACGCUGUAAAGAAAGUUUUGGGGAAUCUUGGCUUUGAGAUUUUUUCUAUCGAAAGUCAUUAAACCAAAGUAAUCCUAAUAGCCCAUCAAGAUAAUGGGAAAUUUAAUGAAAAGCCAAUGAUAAUUCAAAGUAUUAAAUGGGCAAACUGCACGAAGAGCGGAAAAUGCAAGUGACAAAGUCGUUUGCUCUAAGAAUCACAUUUCUUAAAAGACCGUUUUGGACAUAGAAAGCUAUUUUGUUUUCUUUUUUUGUUCAUUUUUUGCGAAGUCUUAGUGACGUUAUUAUCUAGUUCACUACAGCCAUUGUGUCACUUGAAAGACUGGAGAGAUUUUAAAAGUUGUCCAAAGCAGUCGGGGGGACUUGUGUAAUACAAUUUAUCUUGCACCAAGUACCAAAGCGUGGAAGUCGUUACUGUCAUAAUAAGCAGUCUGUGGCAGAUGAUAUUUUCCCCUUUCCUUCUAAUCUACCUCCAUAGUUUUUUGUUACAAUCCGUGUGACGUGUUUCCUGUUGAUAAUAUUCAUUAAACCUCUCGUCGUACGUUUGUACAUCAUUGUCAGAACCCUCUUGUUUCUGCAUAGAAGCAAAAGUAAUUAGAAAUAGAGUACUCUUAAGACAAUAAAACAUUCUUUUGUAA